AUGGGACUCCUAUUGCAUCAGGUGACAGGUUGGACUACCUUCCGGUCGUCAGUGCACGUACGCGCACAGCAAUCCGUAGGAUCGGUUGACAGCACCACCACCACCACCGCCACCACCACCACCACCACCACCACCAGAAUACCCUCGUCUUCACGGGGGUGGACCCCUGCUACGAACAGCGCACUAUUUCCCAACAGACGGAGGAGAGCCGCGGCGACAGCGGUAGUUCUCUCAGCGGCGUCAUCAUCAACCAUAUCCAACGAGGGCUACAAGGUAGAGGAGAGCGGCAGAUGCACCGGCCUUGAGGCGCUCCCGCCCUUGAAGAACAGAUACUACGCCCUGCGACACGGUCAGAGUGUCGCGAACAUGGAGGGCAUAAUCUCAAGCAACCCCAAGGUUGGGUCGGUGAAGCACGGCCUCACUUCGAACGGGCGUUCUCAGGCCAGAGUGGCCGCGACCGCACUCAUAGAAGCGGUCGGACGCGACCGGCUGGACUCGCUGGUGUUCGUCUCGAGCGAGUUCCUCCGCGCACGGCAGACCGCGGAAGAGUGCCGCGCCGCGCUCCAGAACAUCUUAUCCUUCGAGCGCGCAGCCAUGGCCAUGGGCGGCGGCAAGGGGGACGACGCCGCGGCCGACGGCACGGGGGCCGAGGGAGGGGACGGGGAGUUUUCGUUGGACGAGGGGAGCAUGGGCGGUUACGACGUAUCCCCUCCGCUGGUGAUCCGGCAGGAGCUGAGGGAGCGGGCGUUCGGCGAGCUGGACGGCACGAUUCUGGUCAACUACAACAAGGUUUGGCCGGAGGACUUGAAGGAUGGGAUGCAGGAGGGGUACGGGGUCGAGAGCGUGUGCGACGUGGCGUCUAGAGUGGGGCGUCUCGUUCGGGCUCUCGAGCGGGAUUACGAAGACGCAGACAUCGUGCUCUCGUCACACGCGGACACGCUGCAAAUCGCGCAAUGCUACAUUGCCGGCGCGGACGAGCGGCUAUUUUCUCAGUACCGGUUCAAGAACGGCGAGGUGCGCAGGCUUCUUCGGGACCCUGAUUCUCUUCCGCCACCUGCCCCGCUGUCGUUCCAAUAGCGUUUCGACAAGAUAGCUGAUAGCUGCGGCGGUGGGCAUACCGCGCGGGACACUUGUUUUUGUUGUUGUUGUCCCGACGAAACAGGGGUAGCGUUGUUGUAGCAGCAGUCGAUUGGCCCAAUCUUCUGUUCGCGAGAAAAUAGGUAGCAAUCAAUGUGAUGUUUCACGUGUUUGUCCCAACGCUUUUUUGUCAGCAGUACCAGAAGAGUCCGCUCUUUUGUUCGCUUAGUCGAGUUGUUUAUCAGCGGACAGUAUGCGGAGGAAUGGUGGAGUACACUAAUAUUUUAUUCGAACCCCGCCGCCAAGGACACAUCCACUUUGCCAUCGGUUCAGUGUUUUCGUGCGCUUGUUUCCCCCCCCCACUAUUUGUGGUUUGGGGGACUGUGGCACAAAAGGCCCACGUUGUUCUGGGGUGCCACAAUCAACGUGGAACCAAGAUGUGCGAUACCAUCCAUGGCUCUUCAUGUCCGUGCGGCACAGAAGGGAUAGACCUAUGCUAUACGGGGUUACAUGCCCAUGCAGCAGGGACGAAUGCGUCUGGAGAGCAAUUGGUGUUGUUGCGUUCUGCGCUCGCUCCCUCCACACUUCCGUACGAGAGACAUCACCUAUUGCACAUUGUGCCACGCCUGCUUGCAGAAAGCAUGCCAUGCGUGCCAUCGUAGAAGCACCUACCGGUUCGAGUUUUCAUGUUCAAGGGCGCGCACUCAAGUCUUCUCUCGGAAUGGAGACACCUCGUUCGAGUUUCACUGGAAGAGAACUCGUUGGAGACUGAAAACGUUUGGAUGAGUAUUAGCCUGGGUGUGAUUUGCCCGCGGCGCUCAGUUUCUCUCUCUCUCUCUCUCUUCUGCUUGCAAAAUACAAGAAAGUUCUCCCGAGCAAAUUCGAACCCAGCACAGAUGAUGACGAAUCUUCCUUUGAGUUGGUUUAGCUUUGAUUUUCACCGGCGGCGUUGUUGGCACACAUCGUUGCUGUUUGACUCAACGUACCGAUUGAUUUCUCGUCAUGCUCGCCACGCGGGCUGCUUACGCUAUCACCUCUCGGCGUCUCGCUCAUCCAAGUCUCUUGGUCAUUGUAACCAACGUGCAUGUCUCUGACACCACAUGUAGAUUAUCUCUCCGUUCACCUGAAUUCUCUCUCGGGUCUCACAGCGCUGUUGCGUUUAAUUCCAAAUCUCUCUGAGAUCUCUGACGCAGCAGUAUUCGCGAUUCACAACAGCUCGGAGUACUCCCGUCUAUUCCUCUUUUCCCCGUCUUCUCAGUGCGCGUGAUUCUAGCACGCCCGGCGAAGAGCGAAUCAACAGGUCAGCGACGGUAGUACAUGCAGUAAAUCGCUCAAACGAUCCGGCCGGUUUCAGGGGCAUUUCCUUUUUAUCUCACAGGGCCCGCUCGCCAUCUCAUCUCAGGCAGACACCGCUUUAGGGUAUGUAUUUAUUUUAUAGCCACGGCAGACGCUUCUAGUUCACAUUUUCGAAAGGGUGAUAGAGUACAAACACAUGACUAGCGUUCAUCGAGCCUACUGAACAGGAGACAUGUACACAUGCAAAACACACAAACCUGGGAUUUACGAAGGUCGACCCAUUUACGAUAACUAUGGGAUAGCUCAGACAACCCUACUUUCUUGUACACCCCCCUGCUUCUUCGUACACACGGCCCGCCAAAACGCCCCCAGCAUGAAAAUAGCAAGUCAAGACGUUGUCUGAAGGUAUCGAUGCACCCAAAAGAGACGAGAACAUUUCUAAGUAUGUAUGGCAUGCGAUUCAACACCGAUGAAACAACCACCCCUCCCCCAAAUACGAAACAAUGACAGCAACUCUUAAUUUACCAACACUCUCGCUAUACAAAUAGAAGUACCACACCUAUUAUGAUACCUACGCCUUUGACACUAAGCCAUGUGUAAGAUGGUACCACACCAUUCAUACCUAGGACGCAGAAUCGCACAAUGAUUCCCCCAACCAACCCGCCUUAACCAGUCGUCUCUGCAUGUGCCCAUGGCGUGUGCCACACAAGAAAAGCUGGUCUGAAAUAGGCAAAGUAGCCCAUCAUUGGUACAACCAAACUGUGGUGUGACCACAAACACCCGCCCUGUCGAAAUAGCCUCCAGUCCCCCGGCCCUCUCCCACUUCACCCAGGAAUCUGCUCGAAGUCGGACCCGGGACCCAAAAUACUUGCAAAUGAAAGCCUUACAAAAAAUACUACGGCGUAGGUUCUAAUGCUCAGCCGACCCGGGUUUGGCGCGUCUCGAACGCAUCUGCGGGGUUUGCAUUGUGAU